GGCGGCCGGGCGUUGGGUGCGCGACUCGCGGGGCGGAGGGCAGCAGGCCUGGGCUCUGAGUCGGCCUCAGGGGCCACGCGCGGUCCGGGAGGCCGCCGAAGAGUCGGGGCUGGUCAGGCCGGCGGCGAGCGAGCUGUUCCUGGGAAGCAGCAGCAACAUGGAGAGUGGUGCAGUUCUGCUGGAAUCCAAGUCCUCCCCGUUUAACCUUCUGCAUGAAAUGCACCAGCUGCGCCUGCUGGGUCACCUGUGCGAUGUGACCGUCAGCGUGGAGUACCAGGGCGUCCGCGAGGAAUUCAUGGCCCACAAGGCGGUGCUGGCAGCCACCAGCAAGUUUUUUAAGGAAGUGUUCCUUAACGAGAAGACUGCGGAUGGCGUGAGGACUAAUGUCUACUUAGACGAAGUACAGGUGGCUGACUUCGCUUCCUUUCUUGAGUUUGUCUACACUGCGAAGGUACAAGUGGAGGAAGAUCGGGUGCAGCGAAUGCUGGAAAUGGCUGAAAAGCUGAAAUGUUUGGACUUAUCCGAAACUUGUUUUCAGUUGAAGAAACAGAUGUUAGAGUCGGUACUUUUGGAGUUGCAGAAUUUCUCGGAGUCUCAGGAGGCAGAAAGGAGUGGCAGCUCCCAGGUCGCUGCUGCUGUGGCCGCUGAGGCUCAAGCAGGCGUGGCCACGGACCACCCUCUGGCCAAUGGCAUCGUGGGUUCCUCGGAUCCCCCAGCGGAGAUAAUCGGCAACGGCCUGUUGCCAGAUCUACCCUCAAGGAAGUCCAGGGAGAAGCCAGACAAAAGAAAAGAGGUCGCUAAGCCCCCCUGCCCCAAGCUCAGGAGGGCUAGCGGGAGGCUGGCUGGGAGGAAGGUGUUCGUGGAAAUCCCUAAAAAAAAGUACACUCGACGACUCCGAGAGCAGCAGAAGAGUGCCGAGCAGGACGUGGGGGACCGUGGGGGCCCCCGAGAGCCCAGCGCGGAGGCCAUGGGAACGGAGAAGGAGCCGGUCACAAAAGACGAGGAGGAUCGUGGUUCGGAGGCUGAGGCAGAGGCAGCGCUGCCAAAAGCGGGGCCGGGGGAGGAGGAGGAGGAUGAAGAGGAGGAGGAGGGGGAGGAGGGGGCGGGGAAGCGGAGGAGCAACUUCCAGUGCACGCGCUGCGAGAAGGCCUUCCUGUACGAGAAGAGCUUCCUGAAGCACGUCCGGCACCACCACGGCGUGGCCACCGAGGUGGUGCACCGCUGCGACACCUGCGGCCAGACCUUCGCCAACCGCUGCAACUUGAAGGGCCACCAGCGCCACGUGCACAGCAGCGAGCGCCACUUCCCCUGCGAGCUGUGCGGCAAGAAGUUCAAGAGGAAGAAGGACGUGAAGCGGCACGUGGUGCAGGUGCACGAGGGCGGCGGUGAGCGGCACCAGUGCCAGCAGUGCGGCAAGGGCCUGAGCUCCAAGACGGCGCUGCGGCUGCACGAGCGCACGCACACGGGCCACAAGCCCUAUGGCUGCACUGAGUGCCCGGCCACCUUCUCGCAGCCCUCGGCCCUCAAGACCCACCUGAGAAUUCACACAGGGGAAAAACCUUUUGUCUGUGAUGAAUGUGGUGCAAGAUUCACUCAGAACCACAUGCUGAUUUAUCAUAAAAGGUGUCACACAGGUGAGAGGCCUUUCAUGUGUGAGACGUGUGGCAAAAGUUUUGCUUCCAAGGAGUAUUUAAAACAUCACAACAGGAUCCACACUGGGUCCAAACCCUUUAAAUGUGAAGUGUGUUUCAGGACUUUUGCUCAGCGGAACUCGCUUUACCAGCAUAUCAAGGUCCACACAGGGGAGCGGCCCUAUUGUUGCGACCAGUGCGGCAAGCAGUUCACACAGCUCAACGCCCUCCAGCGCCACCACCGGAUCCACACGGGGGAGAAGCCAUUCAUGUGCAACGCCUGCGGGCGGACGUUCACCGACAAGUCCACUCUCCGGCGGCACACCUCGAUCCAUGAUAAGACGACUCCGUGGAAAUCUUUCCUCGUCAUUGUGGACGGCUCUCCCAAGAACGGCGACAGACACAAGACUGAGCAGCCUGAUGAAGAGUAUGCGCCAUCCAGACUCUCCGAUAAACUGUUGUCUUUCACAGAAAAUGGCCAUUUUCACAACCUGACCACCGUGCAGGGCAGCGUGCCUGCCGUGCACGGGGACAGUCCUGCAGACCCGGCCUGCAAGUCAGACGGCCCCGUGGGGUCCCAGGACACGCUGCUGGCCACCACCAUCGGCGAGCUCAGCGAGCUGACACCGCAGACAGACCCGGGCCCACACAGCUCCACCCUCUGACCCACGUGGACUAGAGCGCGGCUCACCUGCCGGGCAGCUCCCAGCCUGCACCCGCGCCUGCGCGUGAGGGCCAGACGCGAGCUUUCAUUGGGGGCCAAGAACUGCAGGCAAAGAAGUGGGCAAGAAUGGCUUCCACAGUUUCCCGAAUCUCUGCUAACUUGCACGUCUUCAUCAGACCAUUUCUCAAGCCUUCCCUUAAAAAUCCAGAUCUGCAUGAUCUCAGCCACACUUUAUCAGCAAACAAGCAGUUAACAUAACCUCCCUUAAUUCUGGUGGAAUCAUCUUAAUGCCUGGUGAUCUUGACAUUCGUGAGCUGGGGUUACUGCUCAGCUCCCUCGUGGAGCACCGACCCUCUUCCUGGAGCUGGGGCGGUCUUCCUGCCUUAGGCUUCCCUGUGGGUUUAUUUCUGAUACUUUAAAGCUAUUUUUCUACCAAGCUGAAAUAAAACUUGGACGAUGUAUUUAUUUUCAGCUGUUUCUUUCCUGUUGAACUGAAGCCAGUCAGAGGUGCUCUGGGACCCUGGAGUGGGCCUAAAGAGACGACUGUCCUUGUCCCCUUCCACCCCCCGUUCGUAGGCACUAAACGCUUGUAAAGUAGCUGCUCACAGCACACAUGCAGCUAGCAAGUUUGUCAUAAAAUGACUUGAAAUGAAGUGUGGCUGUCAGGUAAAAUCCAAUUAGAUAAAAGCUGUCCUACCAAAGACUAGCAGAAAACAGUGUAGUAGUUUGCAGAGAGGUGUGAAAAAUUAAGCCAGGGGCUUGAGCACACUUGAAACACGGUGUAGUUAUUUUAUCCAUGAAUAGCAAUCAGGUGGUUUUGGCAAAUCUAAGGACACAGACUAUUGGUAGUUUUGCUAGAUUUUUUUUACUUUAUUUCUGUGAUUUUCAGAAACCCAGCAUUUCUCAUUUAGCACAUCAAGAACCUGACACAAGGAAGACACUGGCACACGUGUUCCCCGGGAGGAUGAGCAAAUUCGGCAGCAGGGACCAAAAGCCUCGGCACACUCCUCUUUGAUUAGCCUUAAGAGUGGACCACGGAACCGCCAACCUUGUCUUAAACGUGCCUGUCUCAUACUGGCCUUUUGUAAUUUCACUGUCCUUAACCAGCCUGGUUCUUGAUCCAGUGGUGAGGGCAGGUCGCCCAUGUGCGCACAGUGCUUUGACCUGACCCAGGUAAAAAGAGAAUUCUUUUGUCACUAGUUGCUCUUUUUCUUACAUUUUAAUUUAUUAAACUUGCUGUGAAGACACUCAUUUUCUGAGAGGAAGGGUACUUUAUGUGUAAGUCGAGGAUGAAGACACAGCUGCACAAAAAGCCAGAAAAAGACCGAAGACACUUUCUUCCCCGUGAGAUGCUGAUGUCAACACUGAAGGCACCAAAGGCACCCCAGGUGCUAACACAGGCUGCAUGCCUGCUCCUGAGGUGGUGGUACUGAAUCCCGCACCUGCAGCUGUGACAGCAUUGCCCACUUGUGUUCACAGGACGAAACAGUGAUACAGAUUUUACUCUCGACAGAACGAACCCGCCCGGCUGAUGAACUGUUUCAUGGGGUAAAGUCAUCUUAAUGAGAAGGAAUUUAAAUAAUAGAUUAUUUUGUUACCUAUUGGAAUAAUUUUUGUCUUGAAUUUGUUUUAGAAAUUCUAC